CUAGAUAUCAAAGAGAAGGUUUGGUGUCAAGACGGGAGAAGGAGGGCUCAAGCCAUGGACUGGAGGAAACUGAGCCACUUAGAAGUAAUAGCAGUGAUGCAGACUCAGAUUGUUACAGUUCAGGAGGCAAACAGUAUGACGCCCUAUCUAUGUGAAGGAACUUAUAAAGAGUAUAUAUAACGAUUCCAAGUCUCUUCCUUAAAGCUCUCUGUCGAAAAGGUCAUGACAGGAUACACGCAUGUCUUCUCUAGUACUGAGGAAGAAGAAGUCUGCCCAACAUGUCUUGAAGAAUACACUCCGGAGAACCCUAAGAUAGUUACAAACUGUUCCCACCAUUUUCACCUUGGUUGCAUCUAUGAGUGGAUGGAAAGAAGUGAAAGCUGUCCAGUCCAGUAUGUGGCAAGGUGUGAUGGAAUUCGAGACAUCUUGAUACUUGAAGAAUUUAACAUUCAGCCACUAGCUGAAAUUUUACAAAUGGAGAAAGACCACGAAAUUGUGACCGAGGCUUCCCUGUACAUUUCCUGUAAAGCUAUAUUAUAUUUAUAUGUAAAAAUUGUGAUGAGUUUACCCUGUUUUACUUGUAUGUUGAUUCACAUUUGAACAGAAAAUAAAAUUUUAUUACAUGAAGGGUGAAAAUGUCAGACAGUAAAUAAAACCGAAGUUGAAGUUUUCUGAUAUUAAUUGUGGAACAUCUAAUUUCUCUUA